AUGAACAGCCGGAACAAACAGAUUGACUCCGGCUCCGGAGAUAACCGCCGGAUGUACGAGUGUGACAUCUGCAUGAGAGGCUUCACGAAUCCUCAAGCCCUCGGUGGUCACAGAAACAUCCACCGUAAGGAACGUGAAAGAAACCUCUCCUCCUCCUCAUCUUCUUCUUCUCACUCAUUUCCAUUUUCUAUUUCAUCCUCCCGAAACUACACAAACCCUAACUACAACAACCCACCUCCAUAUUUUCCAACCAAUGAGUCAUACCAUCAUCAAACGUUUCAGCCACCAAUAAACCCUAGCUACAACGCACAACGCUUUGGGACAGCACCAUCAUCUGGAGGAGGAAACUAUUCUCAAGGGGAGUUUCUUGGUCUCGAUUUGAGCUUACGGCUCGGAUCCGUCAACGUCGGUAACGAGUGUCACCGGGGCCUACCGGAUGCUGGAGAUUCUAAGCCUGAUCAAGAUGAUGAUCUUGAUCUUGAUCUUCGACUUGGAGGUCAUCAUCACCACUAA